CUAGCUUCCUCCCAGCCCCGCGCCGAUUUGUCGCGCUACGAAUUGCGUGGCGCUGGUAACAUUUCUCUGUCAUUUCUGCUGCCGUACUUGUCACUCAUAGCAGCGCAGAGUAGACAGCGACAGCCCAAAAGCCUCUCACAAACCAUGGAGUUUUUCAGCGGCUCUGCGGCCGACAUGCUCAAAAAGUACGGCCAGGCCGUCCCGGAGCAGCAGCCCCUGUCUUCCUUAGAAGAGGCGCAAGCCGCCAAGGCCAAAUUGGAGGCCGAGAAGGAGCCGGAAGCUCACUUCCACGACGGCCACGCCUGCACCGCGGACCACUCGAGCGAGCACUCGCACGACAAGGCGAGCGCCCACGCCCACGAGCACGACGGCCACGCGUGCACCGAGGACCACGACCACGCGCCGCACGCGCACGAGCACGGCCACAAAAAAAGCGCCUGCUCCGAGGACCAUUCGCACGACGGCGGGCACGCACACGACGGCGGCCACUCGCACGACGGCGGCCACGAGGAGAAGCACGCCGCGGCAAAGGACUUCCUGCGGGCGCAGAUCGCCAAGUACGAGGCGUCGCAGAAGGGCAAGGACGACCACGACCAUGAGUGCUCGCACUCGCACGACGGCCACGAGCACUCCCAUUCACAUGAAGAGCACCCCGUCGCCACGGCCCUGAAGGCCGGCCUCGACGCGUCGCGCGUCGAGGUCACGGCCGAGGGCUCGGGCUGCGGCCAGAAGCUCCAGAUUUUGGUCGUGGCCAAGGACUUCGAGGGCCUGACGAUGAUCAAGCAGCACCGCCUCGUGAACACGGUCGCGAAGGACGAGCUCGCGAAGGUCCACGCGUUCAACGUGAAGACGUACUCGCCCGCGAAGUGGGCCGCGAGGAGUAAGUAGAUGCGGUAGUUCUUA